AUGGCUACCACUGACGGCACCUCCCGUCUGAUCACCGUCGUCGGUGCCACAGGCAACCAGGGCGGCUCCGUUGCCCGCCGCUUUCUUGCUGCCAACUUCCGCGUCCGCGCCAUCACCCGUAACCCCUCUUCGCCUGCUGCCCUCGCUCUCGCUAAGGAGGGCGCCGAGGUCGUGGCGGCCGACCUCGACGACCCCGUUGCUCUCGCCGCCGCUCUUCAAGGCGCCAACCUCAUCUUCUCCGUCACCAACUACUGGGAGCCGUUCUUUCGCCCAGACUGCCGCGCCGCCGCCGAGAAGCAGGGCAUUACCUGCCGCCGCUUCGCCUACGAUGUCGAAGUGCGCCAGGGGAAGAACAUUGCCGACGCGGCCGCCAAGACUGUCGACACGCUGGUUGAGAAUGGCUUCCUCGUCUCGACGCUGAGCCACGCGGGGCCGCCCGAUGGCACGUUCCAAAUGUCCUUCACCACGGCGCCUGACCGUAUGGUCCCUCACUUUGACCCGGUUGCCGACAUGGGGUCCUUCACCUUUGCCGUGUCUCAGAUGCCGCCUGGCAAGGCCUACAUGGCCGAGGGAACCACGUGCAGCUGGACCGAGUGGAUCCAAUCUUGGGGGAAGCUGACUGGUCAACCCGUCGCUUACAACCAGGUCACGUUCGAUGAAAUGGUGGCUGCUACAGGAGAAGAGGCUACCGGCAUCGAGGUUGCAUUGAUGUUCGAAUACACCACCGAUCCCGGCUAUGAUGGCGGCAUGGAUCUGCUGCGGGCGGAGGAUAUUAGAAAGCGACCGACAAUAGGUUUGUAUUUCGUGCUAUAUGGUUUCGAUCUCUUUGUCAUGACUUGGGCCACUUCCUUUCAACAUCUCCUGCCCUCGAGGUUUAGGCCAAUGGCUUUUGGCGACCACUGA